AUGGGAUGUGGGUCGUCGAAAUCCGUCGAAACUGCUGUCGUAUCUACAAAUGAGGGCCAAACCGAGCCGUUUAUACGCGAAGUCAACGAAAACAUUGAAUCAAAGCCGAACUCUCUUAGCAACAAGCCGCGAAUCUUUUCUCAUGAGGCCGAGCUUACAGAAAGCGUAACAAAUCCCCUAUUUUCCAUCGGUGACCGCGUUCAUGUUUCUGGAUACACAGGUAGUGUGAAGUUCAUCGGAAGUCUCAGCGAACUAGGCGAUGGUGACUGGAUAGGAAUUGAGUUGGAUCGAGAACAUCCACAAGGAAAUGAUGGGUUAUUUCAAAGCAUCCGUUAUUUUACGUGUAAACCAAGACAUGGCAUGUUUGCUCGACCGUCCAAUGUGUUUCCCCACACAGAUGUGGAUACAAUUGAGGAAGCCGCGAGUAUUAAUCCUCGAACAAUCGCUUUCAUUCAAACUAGCAUGCGGCGAUUUCUUGCCAGGAUUCGACUGGCAAAGUUUCAACAGCGCACGGGAAUCGAGAAGCAGAUCGACGCACAUGUGUUAGCGACACCAGAGGAACAAACUGAAAGCGUCGAAAAACUGAGCGUCUAUCUCACAAGUCGGUGGGAGGGAGACAGGAACAAAGCUUACGCGAUUUUCCGCUGGCUGAGUUUCAAUGUCGCCUACGAUGUAGAUGGCUUUUUUGGAAGGACAGAGAAAAAGACUUGCGAUUCCGCAAGCGUGUUACGCCACAGAACAUCAGUGUGCGCUGGUUAUGCGAAUCUAUUUGACGCACUUGGUAAAGCUGCGGGUCUUCAAGUGCAUACCAUAAAUGGCUACGCCAAGGGUUAUGGCUUCGAGCCGGGCCAGCAGAUUAAAGACACAAAUCACGUGUGGAAUGGAGUUCAAAUCAACGGUGAGUGGUUCAUUUGUGAGCCCACAUGGGGUGCUGGUUACCUAGGAGCCGAUUUGAUGUUCCAUCGCAGCCCAGACGUGUCCAUGUUCCUGAUGGACCCCGAAUAUGCCAUUUGCAGCCACUACCCAUCCGACGAACAAUGGCAGCUCCUUGAGAAACCCAUCAGUAAGGAAGAGUUUGAGAAGUUGGUCGUGCCUUCUGGAAGAAUUCACCAAAUGGGAGUGGAAAUUCUCAGUCACAAGGAAAGCAUGUAUGAUAUUGAUGAUGCAGAUCACAUCGAAAUGAUGUUCUACUCUCCAUCGUUGAAGAUGCUACGAGGUGAUCUGAAGGACUUCUCAGGAAGAGAAUACGAAGGAAGAAGAUGGACACAGAUUCUGCCCUGCGGAGUGAACCAAGUGAAGCUCAAAGCACAGUUCCCUGCCCCAGGAAAAUACAAGCUGAAUUUGUACGUAAGGGACGAGGUGACCCAUACUAAAUGGCUUAGUGGAAUAGAGUACAUUAUCCAGGCCAAAAGAGGAACUGAGAGAAAUCGAGGCGGAUUCCCACAAUUAGGAGGUGAGUUUUACGAAGCAGGAUUCAGUCUUGAUCAUCCAUCCGAGAACAUUGUAUCCGACGACGGAAAGGCUUGCAUCUCAUUACAGAACUUUAACAUUCAAAUUUCUCACAUCGUGGGCCAACUUGACCUGGUGGGAGAGGGGAAACGACUCAAAAAAGACUUCGCUGGAUUUUCAUUUUGCUACUCAGAGAAGACAGAGAGUGGUUUUCGAGUGAUGGUGCAUUGCCCACUUGCAGGGGAGUACACUUUGAAAGUAUUUGCCAAGUAUUAUGGCGAGGGAAAAUCAAAUACGUUUGUGUGUACCUACUACAUAACUGCUCUCUCUGGUGUAGAUCCUGUACCAGGCUUUCCGCGAUUGUCGGACAGCUUCGUCUCGUGGGGCCUGGAGCUCAAAGAGCCCCAGCACAAUAUUUAUGCCCCGGAUGGACGAGUCUCCGUUAAGCUGAAGACCCCGGAGAAUGUAUCAGUUGUUGGUUUUUUAAUGAAGGACAAACAACAUCUUGACAACAGUUUGUGCUUCAGUAACACGGCGGAGUGUGUUGGCACAAUUCUGGCUCAUGCGCCUGAAGCUGGCGUUUUUCAGCUAAAUGUGUUUGGUAAAAAACCUGAGAGCAAAGACAGUGAAUAUUUAGCAACAUUCAUGAUCAAGUCUGAUCAAGCGGCAAGCUCAAACCCAGGCUUCCCCUACCUGAAGGACGAGUUUAAGGAGUGGGGACUAGAGCUGAUAGAUCAGUUGGAGAACAUCGUUUCACAUGUCAGCCAUGUUAAAGUCACAUUUUCUAAUCCUCACGGUAUCGCUUUAAAGCCAUGGCUGUUUGAUGCCCAUAAUAAGCAGAUUGGCAACUCUUGUCCGGUGGAAACCGCUGACAAGAUGACCGUCAUAACAUGUGAGCUGCCUAAAGCUGGGAAGUUUAAACUAAAUGUUUUUGGGACAAAUUUAUCUAUUGACAGCACAAAACAAGUGUUUCUUUGUACAUACAAAGUAUUAUACCUAGGCUAA